ACACCUUCGGCGAGUACGCUAAGCGGGGCGCACGGUCGGGUAGCUCCACACCGAGGAUUUAAAUCGCACCUCCUUCUCUUCAACGCGUCUCCGUCCAGUGCUGGGAUCAACAGGACUCAUGUCGUUUGGACACUUCAACAAAGGACCCGCGUACGGGCUGUCCGCUGAAAUUAAAAACAAGCUCGCCCACAAGUAUGAUGCCCAGAAAGAGGAAGAGCUUCGGCUGUGGAUCGAGGACGUGACGGGGCGGAAGAUAGCAGGGGGCUUCAUGGAGGGGCUGAAGGACGGAGUGGUGCUGUGCGAAUUGAUCAACAAGCUGCAGCCGGGAUCAGUCAGAAAAAUCAACCAGUCCACGCAAAACUGGCACCAGCUCGAGAACAUUGGCAACUUCAUCAAGGCCAUCACAGAGUACGGUUUGAGACCCAACGAUAUUUUCGAAGCCAACGACCUCUUUGAGAAUUUUAACCACACCCAGGUCCAGAGCACUCUCAUAACACUGGCAGGAGUGGCGAAGACCAAAGGGUUCCGGUCCAGGUUUGAAGUGGGGGUGAAGUUCGCUGAGAAGCAGCAGAGGCAGUUCAACCCAGAGCAGCUGAGGGAAGGACGAAAUAUCAUUGGACUGCAGAUGGGCACCAACAAGUUUGCCAGCCAGAAGGGUAUGACAUCAUAUGGGACCCGACGCCACCUGUACGACCCCAAGGCUGGCUCUGAGAAGCCCAUGGACCAGUCGACCAUCAGCCUCCAGAUGGGAACCAACAAGGGAGCCAGCCAGUCUGGCAUGACAGCCCCUGGCACCAAGCGUCAGAUCUAUGAGCAGAAGCUGGGCAUGGAGAAAUGCGAUUCCACGAACGUGUCACUCCAGAUGGGCACCAACAAGAUGGCAUCCCAGCAAGGCAUGACCGUGUAUGGGCUGGGGAGGCAGGUCUACGACCCCAAAUACUGCGGCAACGGAGAGCAGCCAACCCUCUCCGAGGAGUACAACUAUCACAACUCCCAAGACUACUGCGACUAGCCUGGAGGGGGCGCCACAGACUCAGUACCCCAGCGCGCCACCAGC